AUGGACAAGCAACAACAGAGCCUGCAAAAGAACAGACAGCGCCAAGCUGAGAGAGAGCGCAAGCGAGCCCUCCGAGCAUGCGAUGGAUGCAGACGUCAAAAGGAAAAAUGUGACGGAGGUGUACCAUGCCGAAGGUGCACGCGCCUACAUCGACAAUGCGAAUUUCUAGGUCCAACUGCUCGAGAUGGUGAAGGUGGCGAUGGCUCUGGAAGGAACCGAAAUGGUGCAAACAACACUGAGCUUCUUCAGCGCAUCUCCUGCAUGGAAAAGAUCAUCACCCAUUAUGCCGGAAAUGUUGCCCUUGAUACAGAAUCGCUAAAAGCUAUGUCUGUGGCGAUCGAUAACAAGACAUUUGAUGCGUCCCAGUUUCAGCGACAAGCUCAGAUCAUGGACUCUCCAUGCUCAGAUUAUCUAGGGGCGGAUGAUGAGAAUUAUACCGUGCAGCCAUUGGACAACAACACUACACACUACUCAGGCGAGUUCUCUCAUUGGAACUUCUCAAUGCGAAUUAAGCAGUGGAUCGAGCAGUGUGUCCCAGAACGUCACGAUGCGCCGGGUCCUCUGAGCUUCAAAGAGUAUUACCGCGCUGAGGAAUUACAAUCAGCUAAUAACACAGCGGCAUCCCUUUCAGCCUUGCCGCCUCGAUAUGUCGCCGAGUUUCUGGUUCAGGCAUUUUAUAAGCAUGCUGAAACCAACUAUUUCUACGUUGAACGCGGGUGGCUCACUGAACAGAUUGAACUCAUCUACCAGAAUCCUGGUGCCUUAUCUCGACGUGAAGUCGGCACUCUCUGCAUGAUAUGGAUCAUCUUUGCGAUCGGUACUCAAUAUGCAUAUCUGGAUUCAGUCACAGGCAGAGAUGCACACGGAAAGUCGGAUGACUCGAGCCCUUUCUCCGAGGAUACGAUUGGUGUCAUGUUCUAUCAGCAAGCCUGCAAACUUGUUCCCGAUGUUAUUACUGUGGCAUCACUUGAAAGUGUUCAGGCUAUUCUGCUCAUGGGCAUCUACACCCUACCACUGGAUGCAUCAGGGUUGUCAUACAUAUAUCUCAAUCUCGCGGUGAAGCUUGCUAUACAGAACGGCAUGCAUAGAAAGUGGCCCGCCGAGGGACUUGACCCUUACGUUCGCGAAACGAGGAAUCGUGUCUGGUGGACAGCUUAUACCACGGAGAAGCGAGUUGGUAUCUACCAUGGACGACCCUUGUCUAUUCAGAGUAAGGAUGUGGAUGCGGAUAUGCCCGUUGAUCGACCGGACAUCAUGCCAUCUAAUGCCACGAAUGUCGCGCACAUGCUCGCAACUUUGCGACUGAACCAAGCUCUUGGGAAGAUCGCACAUGAGAUCUCGGUGCUUCGAACCUCACAAAAGCAUGGAAUGAAUGAGGGUCUACAACGGGUUAUUGACAUGAAAGAGGAGCUUCGAAGGUGGUGGGACUCCCUGCCAGAAACCGCAUACCACGACGAGGUGAACCCUCAAAACCCAAUCUCUCGAGCAGACACCCAUCUGAAGCUAGAGUAUUGUCUUUUGCGGAUGUAUGCUGGACGACCAUUCAUUUUACCUCGCGAAGUCGUCCGUGGUAACGGAAGCACGUCUAGCUCACCAGCCGAUUCUAACAACCCACGCCCCAACACUCCACAUAAGUCGAAUCCUCGUUCGAUCCUGGUAGCCGACUGCGUCGAGGCCGCGUUGACCAUUAUCGAUACGUGUCACCUCCUGCAGAGCACCAUUGGCCUUGCGCGCGCCUCUUAUACCGAAUUCAGUUCUUGCCGUGCUGCUCUGCUUGUCAUUAUUACUCAGUGCUUACAAAGGAAGACAGACAGAUUGCGUGAUGCUCUGCGCACUGGUAUGGCUAUGAUCAAGGAGAUGUCGGCAGGCGGAGAAUCAGCCCGAUCAGAAGCCUCGCUUAUUGAGGUUUUUGAGCGUGCUAUAACCAGACUUGAUGCCACCGUCGAUUCGUCUGGCCGUGAGACUGAUUAUUCGCGAUUCAAAAAGUGGGAAUUGUUGUGGAAGAACGAUGCUCCCAUUCAAGAUUUUAGGCCAGAAGAAUCACCCGAGAACUCGAUGCCCAUGCAGCAAAACCCAAACAACUUCUGGAGAGGGAGUACAGGUACGGCUGCACGACCUGGUAUGCCAGCGAUGCAUGCCCCGAGUCCAUUUGUUGGGAUGGAUACCAACUUUCCGUCCGUGCCUCAAGUGAUGGAUGAAUUUUCAACGUUAUUUGGAUACGGAUUUGGGCCAAGCCCUGAAAACAUGGGCGGCACUGCCAAUGGUGGCAUGUGGAUGGGGCCUUGA